UCUCUUAGAUUUCUUAAUAAGUCUGUGGAUGAUUUUUAAUUUGACUUCAGAUGAAUGUACAGAUCAAUGCCAGCCUAAUUACUGAUAAUUAGAUCAAUAAUAUCAGGAGACUCAGUGGAGAUGUGAGGCAGGUCACGUGGUUCAGUCCUAAUGUAAAUGUAUAUAGAAUAUGUUAUGGUGUGGUGCCAGAUUCAGUGACCAUGUGACCCGGUAACAAACAGCCCCAUCAGUAACACUGACACAGCACCAACAGGCUUACCAGGUGUGCCUAAUAAAGUGGCAGGUGAGCGUAGAUAACAGAAGCAGAGGGGAGGCCAGAGCAGCUGAAGCUUCAUGUUUCUGUGAGCUCCACAAACUUUAACAGCUGACACAGACCAUCAGCAUCACUGACCGUCUGACUCACACCGACACUUCCGGUGAAACCGAAACUAACCUGCGGUCAGAGUCACAGCUGGAGGAGGAGCAGUGUGUGGGAGCGGCUCCGUGGGAAUUUCACGGGACUUUAAAGGAGGAUGAAGAUGCUGCUGCUGCUCCUCGUCAGCGUUUCCCAGCAUGCCUUGGCUGUGGUGGUGGAGGUAAAUGAGGGGGAAAAAUCUGUCCUGCUGCCCUGUCAGUAUUCAGGUAUUAUAUCCGAUGACCUCACAGUGAUGUGGACUCACAAUGAUCUUCAUCCCAAAUCUGUCCACCUACGACGAGAAGGAGGUGAUGCCCUUACAGGACAAAACCAGCGUUACAGCGGGCGCACAUCGAUGAAGUCUGAUGCUCUCGACUCUUUAGACUUCAGCCUCACUCUGAGGAAACCAACAAAGACCGACAGUGGCAACUACACCUGCUCCAUCAGUGAUGGGAGAAAAGAACUGAGACUGGGAGAAAUACAGCUGCAGGUCACCGACCUGCAGGUGGAGGUGAAGGUGGAGGAAGGCUCAGACUCCAUCAUACUGCCCUGCAAAACAACACCUGACCUGCCUGAGGACACCACAGUAGAGUGGACUUACUCUGACCUGGAGCAGAUAGUGGUCUGUGUGUAUCCAAACAGAAGUGACCACCUUAAUCACCAGGAUGGUUUUUACAGAAACCGAACAAAGAUGAACAAAGACCUGCUGAGAACUGGAGACCUCAGUCUGACCCUGAAACACCCCACAGAGAGAGACAGUGGAGGAUACAUCUGCACCAUCUACAGGGACAAAGACAUCCUGAGACAGAAAGUAGUGCUGCAGGUCAAAGAACAGUUUCCAUUCUGGGCCACAGCUCUCCUGGUUCUCCUGAUUUUCCUGGUUCUUGUUCUCAUUGUCUCUGGAGGUCUUUUAUUUUAUUUUCGGCACUAUUUCAUGUCAGUCCCCUGGGUGGAGGUGGAUUCAGGGGUGGAGUCUGUCCAGCUUAUCUGCAAAACCACAGUUUGCCUGCCUAAAGAUGCUAAAGUGGAGUGGAAGGACAAAAACAACAGGAAGGUCCACGUGUAUGAGAACGGCUCUGACCAGCCUGAAGAACAGAACCAGGAUUAUAAAGGCCUAACAAAGAUGAAGAGAAAUUUACCUGGAGACCUCAGUCUGACCCUGAAAAACCCCACAGAAGAAGACACCUACACCUGCACCGUCUACAUGUCUUAA